GGCUCCAGCACACGUUCUCUUCACAGAGCAAGAAACAUAUAAUUUAUCCGAAUCAUGCCUGAACCAGCCAAGUCCGCCCCGGCGCCCAAGAAGGGCUCCAAAAAAGCCGUCACCAAGAGCCAGAAGAAGGACGGCAAGAAGCGGAGGAAGAGCAGGAAGGAGAGUUAUGCCAUCUACGUGUACAAGGUGCUCAAGCAGGUCCACCCCGACACCGGCAUCUCCUCCAAGGCCAUGGGCAUCAUGAACUCCUUUGUCAAUGACAUCUUCGAGCGCAUCGCCGGAGAAUCUUCCCGCCUGGCUCAUUACAACAAGCGCCGCACCAUCACCUCCCGGGAGAUCCAGACCGCCGUCCGCCUCCUCCUGCCCGGAGAGCUGGCCAAGCACGCCGUCUCCGAGGGCACCAAGGCCGUCACCAAGUACACCAGCGCCAAGUAAUCCCCCAUCAUCAUCAUCCCAACACAAGACACAAAGGCUCUUCUAAGAGCCACCCACCAUUUCCAUCAAUGAGCUCUCAUCACAUUGUAUCAAUUAGAGAUUCUAAACAUUGGUGAAAAAUAAACUAAUUGUAUGAUAUCAAUCAUGUUUGUGUAAUCUGACGGAGUUAUACAUUUGUGGAUGUUUUAGAAUAAAUCCAUCCGAAUACCA